AUUCUCACACCUAAUUGCUUUCCAUUUUUGUCAUUCAAGCAAAAAAUAUCUUCACGUGUCCACAGUAUUUUCUUCUAAGAAAAAUACCUUUUCCCCUCUCUACAUUUUGGUGUCUCCAAUUCACAACCAUUCAUCGAAAAAUAAACUCAACAAUGUCACAGAAAAAUUGUUAUUCAGAAGUACCACCUGGAUUUAGUGCACCUAGAAGUACUAAUCCUCCUCCUAGUAACAUAACUAUAACACCAACUAUAUCUCAUCAUAGUGAGAAAUGCAUAGAUGAUUACGCAAGACAUGGCGCAGUUCCCCCUCGGAAACAACAGAGAGCUGUUUCGGCAGAAGCGCGAGCGAUGUCAACACCAGCAACUCCAUUGGGAUCCAGCAUAAAUGCACCUCUACUAAUAAUAGAUGAAGAUCAGAAUGACACAAAAAUGAAUCUGAAUCCAUUAUCGAAACUGAAUCCACCACCAAAUCCAUGCUCUCGUGUUAAUGCAUUUUCUUCAUCCCACAUCAGUGAUGAAUCGAAGACCAUAGUCGCUCACGUGAAGUCUGUGUUGGUGUUCCAGCUCACUUCUGGAAGCACGAAGAAUGUGGAAGACAUGGUUAAGUGCGCGAACAAUGCCUUCUUCACCUUGGAUUUUCUUGGAGCGGAUUAUAAAUCUUUCUACAAGGACGUCAGACAUUUCAUCACGUAUCACUAUGAUUUGCUAACAGCAGAGAGACAGAGAGCAAUGCAAUCAUUUCCUACAGAGAUGAAGACGAGAUAUGAAAACGCUAUAGUUUGUGCAAAUGAUCUUAAAGAGGAGAUCGUUCAAAUUCAAGGCCAUAUCGGAAUUGUCAUGAAAAAGAAGGAAAAUCUGGAAAGACAGAUUUCGGAUGCAAUGGAACUGAUUGGUAAACUGAAAGAAUGUGUAGCUGUAUUGAAACAGGAGGAAGGGGCUCUGAAUCAUGAGAAACAAAAAUGCGUCGUGGCCUAUGAGAUUGCACAUCAGGAGGCGCAAAAUAUUUGUAGUCAGGCUGAGGCUGUUAAGAAUGUGCUUAGGGAAAUCGAUCAGCGCAAAAAUGCAGCGCUCAAUGGCAUUGAAUCCGUCACUCAUCACCUGAAAUCCUUACAAUUUUGACUUUAGUCUCAUUAUACAGUGUUCACUCUCUAUCUGUUUAGUGUAUUUAUGGUGUUUUUGUUGAUCUUAUUAGAAUUCUAGUUAAAUAGAACUGAUUUCACUUCAACUCGUGACAACCAUGUUUGCAAGUAGCAAAUCGUAGGGGCUUUCAGAUGUAUUAAAUGGCUACAAUAGUACUGAUGAUUUGUGUUGAAAUGUAUUGUUGCGAACAACAACAUAGUCAGCGUAAUCUCAUUGCAGUGCAUUGGGAGGGUUAGUGUUCACACACGCAACAAUGCUUCCUAGCUAUCGUCGUCACAUUAUAUUUCUGUAAAGUUGUAUACAUGGCAAUGUAAAGAUCUUUUUUCUA